AUGGAGGUGUUGUUGUGUGUCCGCGGACAGAGGCCCACACUGCGCAGGCUCCGAGAGGAGAACACCUUUAAGUGUAAUAUUCUCAUCAUUAUUCUGUCCAAUGCAGUGUUUUACCUGAUGCUAACAGUGAUCCCUCCUCCCGCGCGCUCCCGUGUGCCCUCAUGCGCGCGCCCCGGAUCAAACAGCUCUUCUUCACGCGCGCGGGCUCCAACUGUGGAGACUGUGGAGACCGAGGGGACUUUCACACCGGGACCGGGACAGAAGACAAGGCCGGACCCAGGGCGCGUGCCGGUGUCCCACGCACGAGCGCAGCGUCAAGGCGCGGGACCAGGACUGCGGGGCGUGAUGGAGUUCAGCCUCCUGGACUCUGAGGCCCGGAGUCCAACUGCCCUGAGCGAAGCCAAAGAGCACAGCGACACAGAUAAGUCUGGUCUCGGGGGUCUGGAGGACUCGGCUGAGGACUCGUCGUUGAAGAAGAAGCAGCGCAGACAGAGGACUCACUUCACGUCGCAGCAGCUGCAGGAGCUGGAGUCCACCUUCCAGAGGAACAGAUACCCAGACAUGUCCACCAGGGAGGAGAUCGCCGUGUGGACCAACCUGACCGAGGCCAGGGUCCGGGUCUGGUUCAAGAAUCGUCGUGCAAAGUGGAGGAAGCGUGAGCGCCACCAGCAGGCAGAGUUGUGCAAGAGCAGCUUUGGCUCUCAGUUCAACGGACUGGUGCAGUACGACGACAUGUAUGCUCCCUCCUACUCCUACAACAACUGGGCCGCCAAGGGCCUGGGCUCCCCCCUGGGCCCCAAGACCUUCCCAUUCUUCAACGGGAUGUCCCCGUUGACCACUCCCCUCACCACCCCUCUCAGCUCUGCCCCCCUCAGCUCCUCGCUCUCCACACCCCUGCAGUCCCAGCCCAUGUUUCACAGUACGGGGCCUCUGAACGCGGGGCCCCUGAGCGCAGGGAUGGGGGGCGUGGGGGGCCCCUCGGUGAAUGGCCUGAGCGCACAACCUUGCCCGUACGCCAGCCCCGGCGCCGCACAGAACCCGUAUAUGUACCGGGAGUCAUGCAGCUCCAGCCUUGCGGCGCUGAGGCUCAAGGCCAAACAGCACAACUUCAGCGCCUACCCGCAACCUGCCAGUGCCAACCUCAGUCCCUGCCAGUACGCAGUGGACCGGCCAUGUCAGGACAGGAGCAGGCACUGGUCCAGUCUGAGUCUAGUCCAAACGAUGAGGAGUCUGCUGCUGCUGUGUGCGCUCUUCACCUCCUCCUACGGGGGGGAGGUGUGUGUGGGAGACCUCGGAUGCUUCUCAGACCUCCCUCCGUGGGGUGGGACGACUGAGAGACCGGCCUCAGUCUUGCCCUGGACCCCAGAGGAGAUCCAGACCAGGUUCCUCCUCUUCACACAGAGGAACAAGUAUUACCAGGAGAUCAAAGCCGACAGCUCAAUCUCUGCCUCCAACUACAACGGGAAGAAGAUGACUCGCCUCAUUGUCCCGGGACACAUCCAGAAGGGGGAGGAGGACUGGGCCCAGGAGACCUGCCGGGUGAGGAGGGGGAGGUAG